AUGAUGAAUAUUCUAUUCUGGUUACAAUAUAUUGCAACAUUUCUAUGCAUUUUAUUAUUAUCAAUAUAUACAUAUGUAAAAUCACGUCUCUUUGGAAAUAGUAAACGUGUACCACCAUUACACAAUCGAGACUAUAAAAUUGCUAUAAUAGGAGGUGGAAUUGGCGGUGUGAGUGCUGGAUAUGCAUUGCUACGUAGUGGAUAUAAGAAUAUAACAAUAUAUGAAGCACGUGAUACACUUGGUGGUAAUGCGAAAACACAUGUAUGGAAACAUGAUCAUAUUAGUAUUACUACGGGUCUUUCUGUAUUAGCAUGGCCAACAAUAUUUCGUAAUUAUAUUCAUCUAUUAAAUGAAUUAGAUCUUAAAACAACUACAGUUGAAUUACCAUUUUUUAUUCAUAAUCGAGAAGAAGAUAGUUUCUUUGCUCAUAGAAAACAAUUUAUACAUACUCAACAAUAUAAUAAAGAUUUAAAACGUUGGGAUCGUAUGGUUAAAACAGUGCGUUAUGUUACUGAAAUUCUAUGUGGUACAGAACCAUCUUUAUAUCAUUUUAAUUUUUUAAAUCCUUUUAAUUUUAUUUCAAUGAGAUUUUUAAGUUUAUUAUUUGGUGUAUCAAAUCGCUUUUGGAAUCAUAUUGUAGUACCUAUGUACGCAUCCUCAUUUUUAUCUACAAAAAUAUCAUUUAUUCCAUCAUCUAUUCUUCCAACCCUUGAUAGUUUAAUUUCCUUACAACCAAAUCGCAUACCAACAAUGCUAACAUGGCUUCAUACAUCUACAGAUGUUUUUGAUAAAAUGACUAAAGAUAUAAAUAUUAAAACAAAUCAUCGAAUUAAUAAUGUACAUGUACAACGAAAAGAAAAUAAUCAAAUUAUGAUUACUAUUGAUAAUGAAAAAAUAGUAUAUGAUCGAAUUAUUUUUGCAUGCAAUUCUCAUGCAACAAUGAAUGCAUUAAAUAAUGGAAAUAAUACAAAUAUUUCAUUCUUAUUAAAAUUAAUGUUAACUAGUGUAACAUAUGCUGAUGAUGAUGAUGAUUUAAAUCUAUUAGAUGGAAUAAUUCAUCGUGAUAUAAAUAUUUUACCAAAUGAAUAUGCAGAUGACUUACGUUGUAAUUAUGCUAAUUAUAUUGAUAUGAAAUAUGAUAAGAUUAAUAAAUUAUAUUAUCAUUAUAAUACGUUUAUUUUAAGUUGUUGGUUACCAAAUGUACAUGCAAUAUUAAAAGAAAAUCAAAUAGAACAUAAAACUAUGGAACCGAUGUUUGUUACAUAUGCACCACAUAAUCAACCAAUGCCAAAAAUUGAUGAAAAGAAAAUAUUUGGAAAAGUUGAUAAUCGUCGUGCACAUCCAAGUUUAUCAUUUCGUAAUCAAGCAAUUUCAUUAUUAAUACGAUUAGUACAAGGAGAAAAUGGAAUGUAUUUUUGUGGAAAUUCUGUGACACCAGCAAAUGGACAUGAUCUUUCAUUGUUAUCAGGUUUUGCAGUUGCGGAAUUAAUUGGUGCUAAAUAUCCAUUUAGUGAUGAUUUAUCGGCAUUACGAGAUUAUAAUCGAUAUAAAAGAAUGUGUGUUAAUUAA